AUGGACCCCCCCUCAAAACGCACCAAGCUCGACUCCGACGACCUCCCCGACGCCCCCGCAACCACAACCGUGAUCGCCGCCUCCCGCACAAAGCAGACGCUCUCGGCCUCCGACGAAGACGUGCAGCAGCGGCGCACGCUCUUCAUCCGCUCACUUCCCUACUCAGCCACCUCCGAGGCCCUCUCCACAAAGUUCUCGUUCAUCGCCCCGCUCAAGCAUGCCACCGUCGUCGCCGACCCGCUCACGAAGCAGUCCCGCGGCUUCGGCUUCGUGACGUUCACCACGGCCGAGGACGCACGGCGCGCCGUCAAGGAGCUGCACAACACGCUCUUUGACGGGCGCAAGAUGAGCGUUGAGAUUGCGGAGCCGCGGCACCGCGACGAGGCCGGGAAGCAGGCGUCCAAGGAGAAGAAGGAGAAGAAGGAGGCCGAGGAGGUCAAGCGCCGGGCACCCAGGCUGAUUGUCCGUAAUCUGCCGUGGAGCGUGAAGGAUCCGCAGCAGCUGGUGAAGGUGUUUCAGAGCUAUGGGAAGGUGCGCAAUGUCAUUAUCCCGAGGAAGAGCAGCAAGCCGGGGGCCGAGAUGUGCGGGUUUGCGUUUGUGACGAUGAAGGGCUACAAGAACGCCGAGAAGGCCAUGGAGAAGACGAACGGGAUGGAGAUUGACGGCCGCACGGUGGCCGUGGAUUGGGCGGUGGAGAAGGACGAGUGGGAGAAGAACAAGCAGGGCGACGAAGCCCCCGAGAAGGAGGCCAAAGAAGAGGCUAAAGACGAGUCUGAAGACAAAGACGAGUCUGAAGACGAAGACGAUAACGGCGGCGUCGGCGUCCUCGAAGGCGAAGACGCAGAAGACAUGGACGACGCCUCCGACGCCUCCGACGACGAGGGCUCCGACCUGCACCUGUCCGACGACGACGAAGCCUCCGACGACGAGGAGGGCGAAGAGCCCAAGCCACAGCUCAAGCACGACCCCAACGACAACUCGCAGGUCAUCUUCAUCCGCAACCUCCCCUUCACCACCGACGACGAGUCGCUGCACGCCCACUUCACUGAGCAAUUUGGCCCUGUGCGCUACGCGCGCAUCGUCAUGGACCGCGAGACGGAGCGGCCCCGCGGCACCGGCUUCGUCUGCUUCUACAACCUCGAGCACUUUGAGGCCUGCAUUGCCUCUGCGCCGCGGCCCAACUUCGCCACGGGCGCUAAUCGCUCUGCCACACUGCUGCAGGACGAGUCCGACGACCCGACGGGGAAGUACACCAUCGAUGGCCGCGUGCUGCAGGUCACCCGCGCCGUCAACAAGAACGAGGCCUCGAAGCUGCAGGAUGCGAGCGCCCAGAAGCGCGACAAGGCCGCGGGGGAUAAGCGCCGCCUGUUCCUGCUCCAGGAGGGGACCAUCCCUGCGUCGUCGCCGGCGUUCAAGACGCUCAGCAACACGGAGAGACAGCUGCGCGAGGCGUCGGUGAAGCAGCGUAAGGCGCUGCUGCAGUCGAACCCCAUGCUGCAUCUAUCGCUGACCAGGCUCUCGGUGCGUAAUCUGCCGCGAUCAAUCACGGCGAAGGAGCUGAAGGCGCUGGCCAGAGAGGCCGCUGUCGGCUUCGUCAAGGACACAAAGGAGGGGAAGCGCCAGCCGCUGUCGAAAGAGGAGCUUGCCCGCGGCGGAAAGGACGACAAGGAGACUGAGCUCCGCAGGAAGAAGCAGGGCAAGGGCAUCGUCAAGCAGGCCAAGAUCGUGGAGGAGAAGGCCGGCAGCGGCAGGUCGCGCGGAUACGGCUUCAUCGAGUACUCGUCGCACCGCUGGGCGCUGAUGGGGCUGCGAUGGCUGAACGGGCAUGCCGUGCUGGGGACGGCGAAGGCGACGGCGGAGAAGGGGAAGAAGCAGGAGCCGGUGUCGGCCGAGGAUAAGAAGAAGCGGCUGAUUGUCGAGUUUGCGAUCGAGAAUGCGCAGGUUGUGCAGCGCCGCAACGAGAAGGAGCAGAAGGCGCGGGAGCGCAGUAAGCUUGUUGCGGAGGGGAAGGCGAAGCCGCUGGAGAGCACGAAGGAGAAGAAGGCAAAGUUUGCGGCGGAGGCGAAGAAGAAGGUCGACUCGGCCAAGAAGUAUGAAGGCAUCAAGCGGAAGCGGGAAGACGAGAAGAGUGGCCGGGGCGCAAAGAAGCCAAAGAAGGAUGGCGAUGCAGAGACUGCUCCCUCGAAGGGCGACAAGAAGGACUGGGAGGCCAAGAAGGACGAGAAGAAGGCAAAGGCCGCGAGAAUCAUCGCGAGGAAAAGACAGAUCAGGAGAGCCAAGAGAGGUUAA